AUUUUGUGUUGCUACAGUGAGUCAUUAAAUCUAUCUUAAAUCCACUAGGAUUUUAGUGGAAAUGGUUUUCAUUUCAUUUUUACAGAAAAAAAGACAAUAACUUUUGAUAAUAUUUUGAUAAAUUAUUCAGCCUUAUGUUAAAUAAAGCCACAAAGUACAAGUUAAAAUAAAUGUAGGCUCCCAGUCAAGUAAAUGUAAAAUAAAAAUCGCAAAAAGCAUUGUGACCUGAAAAAAGGCGAUGAUGUGUGACAUCCAUGGAAGAACAAGGUAAAACAUUGUAGAUGAAGCAGUAAUUAAACUGAACUAAUAGGAAUUCGGUUUUGAUUUGUUCGAGGGUUGGGAAUUUCGUUGAAACCUAUUGUCUGACUGGUCUUUCCACACUUGUGUUAAUAAAAAGUAUGCUGACUGAUGCUCACUGUUGCUCACUCUUUUGCAAUGCAUUCAGGUUCAGGUUCUGCAGCAUUGCUUUAGCUCAAUGUGAAGGAUGUGCCACUCCUCAUACUACACAUAGUUUUUUCACAGCUUGCAGAGGUGACAGCAAAACUUCGAGCUUAUCAGGGUGAGGCUCUAGAGCCAAUGGCUGUACAACCUUUGACUGAGUGGAGCAGCGGACUCUUCAGCUGCUGUGACGACUGCAGCUCUUGCUGCUAUGGUUUCUGGUGCUGCCCUUGCCUUGCCUGCACGGUUUCGGGAGCUGUUGGGGAGAACCGUUGCCUCCCUAUAUGUGACAUAUGCAGCCCUGCCAUAACAGCAUCCUGUGGUUUACCUCUGUGUGUGCCUCCUGCAGCACUGGCUAUACGGGUUGGCAUUCGACACAGAUAUGGUAUCAAGGGCUCGCUCUGCAAGGACAUAGCAGUGUCCUGUUUCUGCAUGUGGUGCUCCUGGUGUCAAAUGCAACGCGAAUUAAAAUAUCGCAAAGAAACUCUCACAGUCAUCAACGUGCAGACAACAGUGGUCAACAUGCAGCCCCAACCAGUCAUGAUGAUGCCAGCAAACCCGAUGCCAGCAGGGGUCAUGAUGGCGCCUUACUGAGCCCCGUGGUGGCUUCUCAUUUUAUUAAGACCUCAUAAUAUUACCCUGUAAAACCUAACAGUACAUCUUAAUAAAUAAGUAAAGUUGACGCAAACUUUGAAAAAGUCAGAGUCACUCAUUUCCAUUAAUUAAAGUAACUCAAAAAUGAAAUGUUGAAGUAGUAAGUCCGUUGCUUUGAGUGCACUUAAAGUGUUGGUGAUGCAAUUCCAGCUCAUUCAACUAACUCAUUUACUAUAGGUUAUGUUUAUAUCAUAAAAAUGUAAGUUAGUGGGCUGCCAUUUAGCAUUUUUAUUCUUUUGUUAUUGUCAUUUUAGUUUAUAAUUCUGUUUAUUGUGAACAAAGAAUGCAUCCAAAAAAAAGCUUUGUAAGAUCUGUGUUUGAUGUUGAUCGCACAAGAAAUAGGAUUAAUAUCAGAAAAUGAAUCAAGCACGAUUUAGAUAAUUGAUUAACCAAGUACAUUUGCAACUAAAAUAGAGACUAAAAUACACCUUUGUCGUCACUUUUUCCCUUCAUCAAAUCAACACAUUUAUCAAAUAAAUACACUGUCCUCGCGAAGCGUCCAGACUCAAAGUGUUUGCGCACGUCACUGACGUCACUCCGCAACCAACGUCAGCCCGAGGAGCAAGCGCAGGUGUGUUUGCUAUGUGGUUUGCUGUCGCCGACUCGCUGCUGGAGUAGCCUGGAUUGUUUUGCUGGAACCGGAGUCAUCGUUUAUUAGCUGGCGCUGCACAAGAACAUUUGUCCACCUCACAAGGAUUUCCUCCUGAUGUUCUGCAUGACCUGUUUGAAGGUGUGGUCCCCAUGGAGUUGGCGCACUGUUUGAAAGUGUCUGACUAAAGGAGCAAGCAGCCAUCCCCAGCCUGUUCUCUCCCAGUGAACCAGAGGAGACUGAAGAUCAUUUGGAGCCUGCUAUGAAUACUAGCCUCCUUCCACACUCUUGACAAAGUAAUGAAAGGUUUCCUUAUCACAGUGUAAAUGGAAGCAACUGAUGUUCUCAAACUAAGGGUGGUCCUUGAUGAUGUCAAUACUGAGAGGCUUAUUUUGCCCUCUUGUUCUGAAACUGUAAAAGCCCUCAUAUGUGAAGUGAAGGAUAAGCUGAAUCUGGACUAUAACUUUCGCCUUCAGUUUCAAGAUCCAGAAUUUGCCAAUGCCCUGUGCAAUUUGAUUAACAUGGAGGACCUACCAUCUAAGGCCACUAUUACGAUAGUUAGUCAUUGAGUUCAACUAGCACAGAUGACACUAUGCUGUUGUCUGAUAACACAGUAUCACCAGAGUGACUUUGCCGAUGUCCAGCCAUCUUUAUUGUUCCAGAUUUCUCACAUGAGGUUGAGCAUGUUGUAAGAGAGGGCAACUCUGCCUACGUGAGAGAGGGAAAAACUGCCAUGUUGACCAGGGACCAAAAGCACAACAUACUGGAUGUAAUGACUGCUGAGUUGUACAAACAUUAAGCAUAUCCCAGUACCAAACAGAUUGGAUUGGCUGCAGAGGAUCUGGUGAACAAGCACCCCAGUCUGAAAGAAAAUUGUUCCAAAAGAGGCUACGAGGAUCAAACUGAGCAGGGCAGGCAUAAAGGAUGUGGCUGUGAAUGCAGGAAAGCGUAACAGGACCAAUCCAGAGGGUGCAGCAUCCAGGGCCAGUAUCAGAAGACCCAGGAGAGGGGAAGUCAACUUCCUUCCCAGCUAGCCCCAUGGAGAAACUAAGCAGACCCUUGAGACCUAAAGGUGGAGCAGUUCAAGAGUACAUCGAUGGAAAGAGACAUGAUAUUCAUCCAUCCACAUAUGCAACAUACGUUUGCUCUCAGACGUGAAGAAAUUGUGACUUAAGCUCCUCCAGUUGCUGAACUUAUGGACAGAUGAUCUGCACUCUUUUCUGAAGCACAAUCGACAAGUACACACCCCAUCUGCUAAAGCUGUACAAAAAGAGGAGGAGUGGCAUCUUUGGUCAGAAGAGCGAUUAUGAUGGCUUUUGAGGAACAGGACAAAAACAACAUCUGUGCAGCUCGAACGGCAGCCUUGGCCAGCCUACCUCUGUACUUGAAGGAGGAUUCUUCAGAGAUCUUCAGAACUUGCAAGGAUGACUUGGAAGCAAACCAGGAAGGAGCAGUGGUUCUGGUGGCCGUGGUCAACGAGGAGGAAGCGUCUGAAGUUCCCUUAGAAACACAGCACGUGUCGGUUGUUCUCGAGGAUCAGGUUGUCAUGUCACACAGAUCGUGGACUGAUGCACCUGUUAUAUUGUUUGGACUGGUCUAUGCCCUCCAUUUGAGGUACCCUGAGAAGUUAAGUGGCUUCUUUGGAUUCAUCCAGGUUGUCCUCUUAGAUCUGAAUGAUGGGAGAAAGCAGCUCAAACAUACAUUGCAGGCAUUGAGAAAUGCGCUAGAAUGAAUGGGAUUUGGGAACUAGAAUGUUGUUAUUUAUUGUAGUGAAAGAAAAACACUUUCUGUAACUUCAGAGGCAGCAUUUGUGUAAAGAAGAGCCAUUUAAGUUAAUGUGACUUAAUUCUGAUCAAUUAAAUUCACACAUUUUAAAUUAGUUUGGAGAUGUUACAUGCAAGUGUGAUAUACUUGUUAGUUUUAAGUUCAGGUAACUUGAUUGGAACAGUAACUGUAACUUAAUUUACCCAAGCUACCUUUACAAUGAUUACUUAAGUUAACAAUUCAACUACAAGAUUAUUUGAUUUAACUUAAUUAACUUAAAUCAGAUUUAAGUUAAUAAACUUAAAUGGUUCAAAUGCAAUCUGUUUCCUCAAAUGGUUUGAGUUCAACUAACUUGUCAGGUUUUACAGUGUAAUACUUAACCUUUACUUGUUUUAAAGGACUAUUAGCUCAAAUGAUUUUAAUUUCUGUUCUGGGUGUUAUGGUGAACAGAAUAUUAAAUUUGAAUUAAGUUUG